AAACCUGUUUCCUGCAAAUCUUGUUGCUGCAGCUUUCCGAACGUAUGCAACAGAAUAUAAGAUGCUGCUCAGAAACACUACCUCUGGAAAUGUCACGUGGGAAAAGAUCCCUGUUGGUACUGAGAUUGAAGGGAUGAAUAUCCUGGGACUGGUGCUGUUUGCUCUGGUUUUAGGAGUGGCACUGAAAAAGCUUGGCCAGGAAGGGGAAGAUCUGAUUCGCUUCUUUAAUUCAUUCAAUGAGGCAACUAUGGUCUUGGUUUCCUGGAUUAUGUGGUAUGUACCUAUUGGCAUUAUGUUCCUUGUUGGGAGCAAGAUUGUGGAAAUGGAAGAUAUUGUGCUUCUGGUGACUAGCCUGGGAAAAUACAUCUUCGCCUCUAUUCUGGGCCACUUCAUCCAUGGAGGAAUCAUUCUGCCGCUUAUUUAUUUUGCAUCCACACGUCAAAAUCCCUAUCGUUUUCUCUUAGGACUUAUCACACCACUUGCCACUGCUUUUGCCACUUGCUCCAGCUCAGCCACUCUCCCAUCGAUGAUCAAGUGUAUUGAGGAGAACAAUGGAGUCGACAAGAGGAUCAGCAGGUUUAUCCUUCCUAUCGGGGCGACUGUAAACAUGGAUGGAGCUGCUAUUUUUCAGUGCAUGGCAGCUGUGUUUAUUGCUCAGCUGAACAAUGUUGACCUCAACCCUGGGCAAAUCUUCACAAUUCUCGUGACAGCUACCGCAUCCAGCGUGGGUGCAGCUGGGGUCCCAGCUGGGGGAGUCCUCACCAUCGCUAUCAUCCUGGAGGCCAUUGGACUUCCGACCAACGAUCUCUCCUUGAUAUUAGCAGUGGACUGGAUUGUGGACCGAACCACCACAGUUGUGAAUGUGGAAGGGGAUGCCUUAGGAGCGGGCAUCCUCAAUUACCUGAAUGAAAAAGAAAAGAAAGACAAAGAGCAGGAGCUAAAGGAAGUCAACGUAGAAGCAGUUGCUAAUAGCAAGUCUGAAGAGGAAACAUCGCCUUUGGUAACCCACAAAAACCAAGUCUCCAACACAACCAGUACAGCAGACCCUGAAUCCAAGGAAUCAGUAUUGUGAACUAGAGGCCAUUCGUCAACACGUGUCCUAGAGGUGGACCGGGGACUUGUUAACGCACGUAGACAUUUGCAGUGCUAGCAAGAGCUGGAUGGCUCUUGAAAGUUUUCAAUUCCGGUCUGUUUUGAAAUACGCUGGCCUGGGGAAGGGGAGGGAGGUGGGGUGGGCAGAGAAGGGGUGUUGAGAAAGAACACUCGCUUUAUAAUAGUAUUUUGAUAACUCGUAUGUAUACAUGUGUAUGUGUGUUGCCUGGGCACACGCAUAUACAUGUAUGUGAAAACAAUGCCAUUGAGACUUCUGGUUUAACAAGACUUCUGUUAGUAAAGGCUCAUAUGGGUUGGAGGUGGGAAAGCAGACAAACCCAGUAUGUGCUUAUUGUAGGGAAAAAUUAGUAAGCUUAUUGUGCUGCUGUUCGAAUGGAGAUGCAGUCUAGAAACUCCAGAGUGGGUGAAAAUGUUGCUUAAAUUUAGUGUCUGCCCUGGAAACACUUACUGACCAUUACAGACAGGAUACGAAGCAACAUUUUUCUCCCACUCCCCUUUCUCUCCUGUUCUCUGAUCCCUUAAAAAGGUCAAAUAUAACCUGAAAACUAGCUUUUUUUUUUUUUUUUUUUCCUAAAUUUUGUUUCAUAUCUGAAUUAAUAGCUUGUAGGGAUCCAACCUUUGUUCCAUUCCCGCACUGCAAUGCAGCUUAUAGCAGCUUUCCUGCCUUUUGGUGAGUAACUCCCAAACUUUGGGACCAAGCAUAGGAGAUCUUUGUGCAGAUCAAGGACCGGUUUUCUCCUUUCCUCUAACCAAGCUGUUAAGGAAAAAAAAUCCAGAGGAAAUUUUGUUAAAGUAAUCCCUCUGGGGCUGAAAAAAAUGUAUCGUCUGUUCCAGCAUAAAUAUGUCUGAAGGAGGCUUGCCUGUGACAAUAUCAAGAAAUCAAGAAGUCAGUUUGCUUCAUGAAAACAUGCGUGCUCCUUUGCUAGCACGCCAUGUCCUGCUCAUGUUUAUUUAGUGGGUCAGUCCAAACAAGUUAAGUCAUAUCCCUCUUCCAGCAAAAUUGAACAGGGAAGGAGAAAAUCUGAACACACAUCAUGUGGGAACUGACAACAGGCAAGUCUGAGUGUUGACUUGAAAGGGAAAGUGAGUUUAUAAGCACUGUGUAGUUCAGUGAUUUCUGUAUGUUGGGACAGCUGCAUACCUGUUCCUGCUAGGAGUUUGGUCCUGAUGUAAAUGUCCUUCAGGCAGCAGCUUACAUUUAGUAACUCCGGGUGGUGCUGGGACAGGGUACUGCUUAGUGGCGGAUGGUAAACUUUGCUUGAGGCUGAGCCAAAUGCUUCUGGAUUCUGACUCCACCUUUUUUCCCUUUACAACAUACUUCCUGGAUUUGCACACCAAACCUGAACAAAGUCCGGCAAACUCAUUGCAAAGAUCCUGUUGAUUUAGCUUGGCUUUUUGGACAGCAAAUAAUUACAAAAUUAUGGCCGUGUGUAUGCCAAGAUUUGCCUGGACUUGUGACGCUUUCCCUUGGCUACUUUAGCAAGAUGAUUGCAUAUGGUCAGUCUCCACACUGUUAAUUCAGCAAUAUAUAUUUACACUUAGCUUUGAUAUAAAGUAAUGCUAAGUCUCCCUUUUUCUUUCUCCUCUCUUGCUUCAGAGGAAGCUAUCCUGGAAAGACAUCCAGUUGCUGAUGUUUAUGUUCAUGGCACUAGGAAGAGGCAGUUCCCAUUUCAUAGCAGCAGCAGCAACCUUCAUUUGCAAAGCAUCCAUCCUGGUAAAGGGACACAUGAAUUUUGCAAAAAGACGCUCAGAAUGAGAUGUGGCUACCUCUGAGGGAAAACACAGUGAGUGCGUCAUCACUGGCUGUUUAAUCAUGUGCAGCAGGGCUAUGCAAACAAUCAAAGCAGGAAAGGAUUAGUCAGCCCCCUGAGAAACUGCAGGUGAAGUUUCUUUUUAACCAGUUUAUUUAUAACCAUGUCCACAAAAUUUGGUCAUUCCUUGGCUCAUCUUCAAAAUGGAAGGAGACAAACACAAUUCUCUGGGGACAUCCUUUGCCCAGUAUUUAUUAUUUUAUUUUUAGCAGAUCAAGACCCACAGAAACUUUGCAUUUCCUCCCAUUAGAAUAACCCCAACUCCUUUCAACUCAGGAAACCAAAAGCGCACUUUGUAGCUGACAAUGAAAGUCAACAAAUACGAGGUGUUUUGGAAAAUGUUGGAGGUUUGAAAAAAUGGUUCUCAACAAAACUUUUUUUUUUUUUUUAAAAAGUCUUAAGUGUUUCUUUGAAAAUUCUGAAUGCACCAGAACCCCAAAUACUUUGAUUUUAAAACAGUAUAUGAUUGUUUCAAGGAAGCUGAAUAUCAUGACUGUUCCCUGUGGGCUUGUUUCUGUAGUUGCAUUUUAUCCCCCAUCAGACAUUUAGCUCCUCUGAUACUCUCCCUCUUCAUGACACAUUUCAGACUAGAACAUUUCUCAAUUUUUAUUUUUUUCACCCAAAGCUGUUGCCCACAUUUAAAAGUAUUCACCUGGGCAAGUCCAAAGUCUGGGCUUCCUCACAGGCAGCACCUUGCCAUUGCUGUAUUGAUCUUUCUUCCCUCUGUUGCUGCAGCUUGAUUGUGCCUCAUCCUUGUAUCAGUGUGUGGCUGUGGCAUAUUCCUUCUGACAGUAGGUCCCAUGAAAUGGUAAAUUAAAGCCAAUACCUCAGAGUCAUCUUAGUAUUUUCCAGUAGCAAUGUAGAAGCUCAAAGUCUGUACUGAAGAAUGCCUCUUCCAGUGCCCACUAGUGGAUUGCCACGUUUUGUAUCCAUUUGAAUGUCUAGUUCAUGUAAAGCUUGGUAGAGCAGUCAGAUUUAAGGAGGUCAAAUCAUUCUCAUGGCAGGAAUUGAACCAAGGAAAUGUAACACUCCUCCUGGAAACAGGUGCCAUAGGGUUUAUAUGAACUAUGAGUAUGUGGGUCUUAACCUGCCAGUAAUCUGUAAUCUUAACAGAAGCCCUACUUUAGAUUUACAAAGGUGCCAGUUCUUUUGUUGUUUGUGCACAGCAAGAGGAAUCCCAGAGUUUACCAUGGAAGCAGGAACACUGGGUAACUACUGCUUGUCAGAACAUCUUCUUGGUCUUUUCUGUAUCAUCUGUGUUAGAAAUUACAUUUCUUGUUUUCCUGUGAUGUUCCCAUUCCUUGUGAUGACCAUGCCGCAUCUUCUAGGGCUCUCCACCUGGCUUCAGAUUUUUUUUUCUUAAGGUAGAAAUGUAAAAGGUCCAAUAUUAUACUCUGACUGUAAAAAAUUUGACACGUUCCAACAACUGCCUUGUAACAACAUGAAUACUGAUUGAAAACCUGAUGAGAUAGAAGACUUGCCGUUUGUUUCAAGUGGUCAAAGUCUUCAGGUAAGGCCACUGGGAGAAAAAUGAAAGGGCUGUUGAAGAAUGUGCAGUUUAGAUGCUGUCCUUGAUCUGCAGUACAAUGUGUUACACUGGGAGCUCCCUAUUUCACGUCCCCAUGCAGCCUCACUCCAAAAAGGUUACGAGCUGAGAAGGUGCUCAGCAGCAGUGCAGAUGCAGCCAGUAGUACCUGCUCUGCUCUCACCCAGGCUCUCCACAAAUCUGGUGCUGGUGUGGUACUUAACUCCAAUAUCUCUUGACUGGACCUAUGUUUAUGUUCUCCCAACAUGACUGUAAAUUGGAAACCUUUAGUCAGUUGCUUUUUCUUUCAAGAGGAAAUAAAUUCCAUCUAGAAAACACCGUUUUUCUUUUUGGUUUUAGUCUUUUUUUUUUUUUUUUAGAAGGUACAAAUUCUCUCCUUGGGAAUGCAGGCUACAAACAACUUGUGUCCUACCCUCUGGUACAGCGAUUGCUUUUUGGGAGAAAGAUACGGAAAUAUGGAAGAGUCUGCAAGCCUUUGGCAUAUGCAAUCCCAUUUUGUCUCUGAUGCUAUUUAUUCUUCAACUUUUACCUUCUCUUUUCAGUGAAGUUUCUUUGACUGUUUUGGACCAUCUUUUAUUUCUUCUUCUCCAGGACUGACUUUCCACUCCAUGCUUUAUCCAUCACUGCCUGAUCUCAUCCCAUUUUCUGGAAUGCCCCAUGCUGUUUCUAUGUAUCAGUGGCUCAGGUAUAAAUGGGAGAGUGAACAAAGUUUUGAGGGUUCCAGCUAGUCCUUGGGAAAGUAGUUUGCAUUCUGCUUUGCUCCUGUCCUUAACUCACCUGAGGUUUGUGAGACUUAGGAAGUUACAGAAUUGCUCUGAGAGUGCGGAGCUGUAUCUAUCUCUCAUCCUGAGAAAGGCGCUUGUUCUGUGCUGUGACAUGUGGCUGUGGAUGCCUGAAAAGCUGUCGUGAGCAAUGGGGGGUGCCUGCACUUGGCUGCUAUUAGGUUAUUUCCAGUAAAGACCCAUUAUUCCCAGGAACUGAGCUUUCGCUGAGUGUUGGCUGGUGUGUUGGUAAUUGCACUACAAGAUCUGGUAAUCUUUAAACCCUUCUGGGGAUGUCUUUUGCAAUCAGGAUGGCUUUUGUGUUGAGAACAGACUAGGACCAAAUCUGGGGCUUCCCCUGCAGGGAUGUGACAAACAGGACUGUGUCCUUUGAACAUAACAGAAGUGUGGAGCCAGCCAAAGUACCAAAUUGGUUGGUGAAACAACCUCUGAUUUGUCUUUUCUGGGCAGCCCUGUUGCUGCCUGAAGAGACAAUGUCCUGAGCUGGAAGUGGCGAAAGGUUGGGAGGACAGUGUGAAGGGCGGGAAGGUUUCAUCUCUGCUUGCUCUGUUCCUAUACGCUUCCCUGGACAUUUGCUGUGGCUAAUGCCAGAGGUGGAUGUGAGCCAGUGUCACCGUUCUUAGACUCAUUCUCCUACGGUUCCUCCAUAUUUUACAGCAGGAAUAAUGGAAACUGAGGCAUUUUGGCUGUUCCUCUUUCAGUCAUAUCAAAGGCCUUGGUAUCUUUUUGACUGACCACCCUGCCAUAUGUUGUCAGUUAUGUCCUUGAGAGGUUGCAAAAGGUACAAAACCACCACCUCUUCUUGCAAAAAUGUGCAGGUCAACAGUCUGGGCUGAAUCUAGCCAAGCACAUUUCUGCAGCCACUGGAAAGCAUUGUCCUGUUGGAAAUCACCAUUUUUAAUCCUGACCCUCGACAGGCAGUGAGCAAUGGGCCUCAGAUAGGAAGUCAAAAGUCCAAAAGACAAACUCUCACUGAAGGAAAAAUGUCACAUCUUCAUUGAUUUUAACUGGGUCAUGGCAGUUCAUAAUCACUCACAGACCUGCCUGUAGUGACUGAUCCUGUGACUGAUGAACAGCACAGAAUUAGGCAGGCCACAUAAAUCCUCUGCCUGUGCUUCCUUUUCUGUAAAUUAAGUUUACAGAUACUUACCUGUCUCUCUCAGGCAUUAGUGUGGAGGAUAGUGAGUUGCAGUGUGUGGAAAGCAGUCUGAGGACACAGAGCACUAAAUAUUAAAUAAGAAUAAAUUUUUCAAAAAUCUGAAAGGAAUCAAAUGAAGUAUGCAUCAUGAAGUCAGAGUUGCAUUGUGCUAGAGUAUGAACAGCUGUGUGAUGGAAAGGAGAUCCAGUGUCUGCAUUUGCUGGGCUCAUUCAGGGGAAACGGGGGAGCUGGUAUCGGUGUGAGUUGCACUUCAAAAAAUGGAUGUGAUGUAAUCGUGGGGAGCACAGUGUCCUGUCAUAUCUGUCUCUUUCCAUCUCCAUCCACCUGGCAUUCCAUGAAAGCUUAGGUUCAGGUGAAUGAACAGCUCUCACUGUGGAGUCAACAUCUAAAUUAGGAGUCUUGACAGCUUGGUUUCUGUCUAGUUUCAAUGGAAGAAAGAGCUUUUCAACUAAGAGAAGAAGUUGUCUUGUUGGCAGUAUGGGUGAGAAAGGUGGAGAAAAAGGAAGAGUGGGAGGAUUGCAGGGGGAGCAUCACAGAAGACAGGCUAAGCAAGUGGAUAUAAAGAAGCUAAGACCUGAAGGAAGCAUCUUUUUCUUGGUGUUUUGCUACAGAUAGCAUCAAAAAGCCUGCAGGCAUUUUUCCGGCAUGCAGUUGAGAUGAUGCAAAUCUCUGCCUGCUGACUGGCCAGGAUUUGCAGGGAGAGGCGCUGCCGAGUGCUGAUGUUUCUGAAGCACAUCGUCACUGAGCAACAGUGCAGCGUGCACUGUGCCAGCACAGAGCUCUGAUAAGCUGCUUCUGGCUGCUAGCCACGACCACAGAGAAAUAACGGUACAGUUCUGGAUCAGAGAUUGACCCACAUUCCUCCUUGCAGGAUAGCUAGGACAAAUGCUCCUCAGAUAAAUGGGUGGUAGCCAUUAUUCUCCAAGGACAAAGAAGACCUUGUUAUCUGUGCGAGCAUUUUGAUGAAAGCCGUGUUCACUUGCUGCUUCAGUUUCAGGGAGGAGGGAAGAGGGCAUGACAAAUGAUUUGAAACUUUUUCCAGAUGUUGGACAACACGUUGAGACAGUUGCCACUGAAUAUUUUAAGUAUGACAAGAAGUGAUCAAGAGCUUUAUUUGGCUCCCAUAGCUCUCUGUCUUCACAUCUGAGCACUGGUUUAGGAAGUUAACGUUACACGGUAUUCAUUCUCUGCAUGGGGUCUUUACAGACAUUUGUGACCAGCAGGCCCCAUUUCACAGCUGCAGAAGUGAGUGCACGUGGAAAAAGGUGAAAGAGUGCUUUCUUAAGUCAUGUGAAGAGUUCUCAAGCAGACUACAAGCAGAUCUUGAAUCCUGAAGCAGAGUUCAUUGCUAGCUGACAUCUAUCACCUCCCUAAAAACCAUCUGGGGGUUUAUAAAUAUAUUUGAGUAUUGAUAGUAGAAAUAGCCUAUUAGUGCAGGAUGAUCACUUCUCUUUUUGGAGGGAUGGAAGGGGAGAAGUGUAGACACAGAAGAGUUAUCUUCCCUCUAGGAUGGACUUUUUAAUAGAAAAGGAAAGAAGAAAAAUCUCUUUCAUUCAGGAGUUCAUGAUACAGUUACUUAACAAAUUCUAUUUCGGUGUCAGCAGAUACCCUCAACAGCUAUGAAAUCUCAUUUGGAUUUAACCACUGAUCUUGGUGCCAGCAAGAGGUGAGGACUGUGGACGUUCCAGCACACCAACUGCUCUUACUUGAAGUCCUGCUCAAGAAACAUUUAUACCUGUCUUUCCCAAGGCCACAGAUGCUGUUUGCUAGGCAAGCAGGCUUACUGACAGGAACCAAAGUGAGACAAUGAAAUUUGAGCCAACCCUAUUGUAAUGCAAAGUUUAUGGUGUGGUUUUAAGCCACAGAGACCAAGAAAUUUGGUAUUAGAUGUUCCUUAGGAUAGCUUUGGUUUGCUCCUUCUGAUAACAACACUGAGAAAAUAAAUACCCUUCUUUUGCAAGCAUGUAUUUAGUAUCUGAAGCUAAACUGCAUAUGGCAUGUCAGUGCAACUUAAGUUAAUUGCAGUUACACGUUGCAGAAAGACCUUCUCAAGGGAAAUCUUCUCUGAAGGAAACUGUUUACACAUGCCUGAAUCCCCCUGGAUUACAUUCCCACAGAAAGAAUUGUGUUUAACCAUAAAAAAAUACUCAAAAUAUUAACUGGUUUGGAUUGUAGCUUUUUUAAGAACCAGAAGGAUUGCUACAAAAUGGAUGGGCCAGGGCCUUCGCUGGUGUGAAUUAGUGUAAUUUCCUGAGCUUUCAGUUGCCUGUGGACUUCUGAUGGAGGUGAUACCUCCUGAGCAGCAUAGGGGUUUGGUCUGGUCCUCUUAAGAUGAUCAUGUUCAGUAAAGCAGUAGUAAAAGAACAUUUCUAAAACUUGUUGUCUGUAACUAGAGGCAUUUUACAUGCUCACAGUAAUCUUAUAACAUGGUGCCUCCCACAAGAAAAAUGUGUUUUCUAGAUGGUCAGUGUUGAUGCAGAAGCAAAGCUUCCUAAUUUUUUGAUCGGUUUUCCUUCUCUGUACCCUUCUUGCAGUGUCUUCUGUGGUCCUUGGAGUCUGCCCAGACCCCAGCAGGACCAGGUUCCUAUAGUGUAUAGAUGACAUUUAAAGAUAUUUAUAGUCCCAUGUGAGGACAUAGACUAUCUCACAUCCUGUUGCGAGGGGACAAAAAUGUAGCUUCAACUUUGGAGGAGGGGCUGGGCUGAAGAACACCCUACUUCAUUAAGGCAAUACCUUAAUAAUGACUUUUUACACUUAAGUAAGUCAAGUAAUUUUGACCAAGCUAGCCCAGCCCGGCUGCCUUCCUGCUCUGCCCCACAGUAGAUGCUCUGUGACAUUACUUCCCUGAAGACCAGUGUGGAGGUAAUGUGUUUGCCAUCCCUGAAUAUUCCAAUCUUUUAAUAAUAUAGUGUUAUUUAGACUUUCUUUGUUACUAUCCUGGCUACGCUUUGGUAAGGACAUGCACACAGCAUGUGCUGUAUGAGAUGGAGACCAUGUGUAGGACUACAGCUAGCUGAGCGUACCUCUGCUAAUGGGAGGUGACCCUCUUUUUCCAAAUUGCUUCUUGGUUAUUAUAGCAAUCUGAGACUUGACUCACUCACGCUUUGUGAGGGUGAAGAUUUUGAUUAGAUUUUAAUUAAUGCCUCUAGAUUCAGGGACAGCAGGACCACACCUAAGACAUGAGGAGUCUCAUUCUCCAGCAGAGGUAUGCAAUCUGCCUUAUUAUCCUUAAAGGUGCCUUGUCCUGGUUCCCUUCAGGAAAAAUUCCAAGUUGCUGUUUGGCUUUCAAAUAUAACUAUGCACCAAAGGUAAGAGACUCCAUUAUCCCUGGAGACAGGAGGGAAAACGUGAUGUCCUGGUGUGAGACAGGGAAAGUGAGUUUCUUUCUUUAUCCUGUAAGCUCUCUGUCAGCAGUCCUGCCUCUGAUGUGUGUAUGCGUGUGUGUGCUUUUAUUUCGACAUGAACACAGAUUGCUCUAAUUAGGAGGGAGGAUUCUUGUAUUUUUGUAUGUUAAGCCAUUCAAUUAAUUACUUUAAUAAAAUGACAGACAGAUGAACUCUGAAAUUCACUGCCAUCUGCUCCAGUACAAUCCAGUAUCACUGAUACAAAGAUAUCUGCCUUCAGAUAAAACCUAGUGCUUAGAGUAACCACUCCAUUGAGUAAGUACUUGUGCCAUGUGGGUGUGUCAAUCCUUGUGAACAUCUGUAAUUGUUCCUCUUUUAAAGCUAUGGAUCUGAUCCAUGUGACUCUGUAUCAUCCUUUUUAUUAUCUACCAAGAACAGAUGUACGUGUACAUAUGCAAAAAAAAGACCAUAUUGCUGUGUCUGGGGGUGUGUGACCCUGUGGUAGAUAUUACAGAUGUUUAUUGUGUAGUGCACCCUUCAGCGUAAAAACUCUCCCUGCCUGCUGGGGGAGAAAACAGUCCUGUGGUUCAGGUUGAAGAUGGUUUGUUGUAUUAGGAGGGUGACACAAUAGGAUGCUCUCUUUUUCCCUUCCAUCAUGGAAAUGUAUAUUUGUUCUCUCUUUGUGUAGCUUCUCAAUCUGAAAUAAAAAUCACCCUGAAUAGA